AUGCCAGAACGUGGGGAAAUUCAGGCUGGACAAAGGGGAGGAGCCCUUCCUGUCCAAGAGCAUGAGGCCCCAGCUCGGCCAGAAGGCCCUGCACCAGUUCAGAUGCAACAGAACCAACCAGAACCUCACCCUAUUCCACAGGAUCAACCUUUGGCACUUCUGCCUGAGCCACCAGCAAUGUUGCCUUAUAGACCCAGAAGGACGGAUCCCAAUCCAUUCCCUCCACCUGAAAGAGGCAGAAGAGGCGGAAGGGGUAAUAACCUUUUUGCCAACAAUGAUAGGAACAGGCUGGGGGCAAACUGGAGGAAUAAUCCAGAUCUGGAAGAACAGGAAGAACACAGGGAGGAAGUUCUGCCCAGGCCAUACAGAGCGGAGCCCAGGAUUGAUCACGCCCAGCCAGAACAGGGGCGAAAUCACCACCCUGUCAAUGCUCUGAAUGACGUGGGGGCAUUACAAAGGAUGAUCAGAGAGAUGAUGGAGCCUGAAGCCAGAAGAGGAGAAAGGCCCACCUAUAGGAAGCCAUAUCCGGCUUAUAUCGAUCAAAUACUUCUAUCCCCGGGUUUUAAGGUGUCAAACUUCACCUUAUUCAACGGAGAGGAUCCCCAUGCUUCAUCAAUUGAGAAUAUAGGUAGGUUCUUUGUCCAGUGCAUAGCCAUAGAGAACAAUCCUCUUUUGAAGUUGAGGCUUUUCGGGAAUUCUCUGUUUGGACAAGCUUUUACUUGGUACACCAACCUGCCAGCUAAUUCUGUUCAAACCUGGGAGCAGAUGGAAAGUGUUUUCCACGACUAUUAUUACAGGAUUCAGCCAGAAGUCACCAUCAGUGACCUUGCUGCCCUCAAACAGAGUGAAGAUGAACCUGCUCAAGACUUCAUAACCAGGUUCAGGAAGCUCAAAAUGAAGUGCCGAAUCCCUAUGGAAGAAAGACACUUCAUCCAGAUGGCUAAAGCUGCCCUCAAGAUCUCUCUAAGAAAAAAAUUUGAUGGGAUGCUGUUUGGAGACCUGGCAGAACUGGCAGAUAAAGCAUCCAAGUAUGAGGAAUUGCUUAGGGAAGAACAGCAGAAGAUGAACUCAUCCAAAGGCACGUAUUACAAGUCACCUUCCUCUUCAAUACAUCUGGUUCAGGUAUAA